AUGUCUCUUAUUGAAGGCAUAGGAGAUGAAGUUACACUAGUAUUUGGUUUAUUAGUUAUUUUGGUAGUUGGUUUAUUGGCCUGGUUUUCUACACAUACUUCAGAUAUACCAUUCUUCAGUGUAAUUGUUGUGGAAUUAUCUCAAAGAGUGAGAAAUGGAAACAGAAAUCUACAGACAACUUGUUCUGUGCAGGAAGAAAAUCCUGAUGUGCAAUCAGUCUCUCAACAAGGAGGAUCCACAGAUUGUCCUGAAAUUUCCGAAACUUCUGUUCAUUCUGAGACAACAAGUGAAAAUCAAAUACGAGUUAGAUUGAAAUAUCUUAAUGAUACCCAAAGACUUGUUUUCGCAAGACCAUUAGAUACAAUUGGUUAUUUUAAAAGAACGCAUUUUCCCGAUGAAUUGGCUCAACAGAAAUUAGUUAGAUUAAUAUAUAAUGGACAAGAUUUACGAAAUGAAACAUCAACCUUACAGUCAUGUAAUGUUGUAGAUAAUAGUGUUUUACAUUGUUUAGUUACCCAGAAUAUACAACCUCAACAGACAGUACAUACAAAUCAAGAUGAGGAUAUCAACAUUGGCAAUUUCAUGAUUCCUAUUUUUGGUUUAAUCCUUGGAGCUCUGUGGUAUUUACGCUUCAAUUAUAAACAAUAUUUCAAUGCUACAUCAACUUUGUCAUUAGCAGGAAUCAGUUUUCUGUUUGUUUUUGCUACUUUUACUGUCUUGCGACCCCACAAUCCUCAACAAGCAAACAGACAUUUAGAGUAA